AUGGUUGCCCCCGUGGGCACGCCUGAGGCCUCCUGCCCCCCACCACCCCGUUCCCUCUCUAUGGCACUACCUGCCCCGGAGGCCCAGAGUUUGUCUCAUGGCGAUGAGCUUCGCCUGACUCUCCCUCUGAGCUGUCUGUGGGAAAGGUCAGAUUGUCUGAGGUCCCAGCUCCUCCAGCUUUGGUGUCGGGGCCACCUGAACUUUCUGGAGAGGCCGCAGGGACUUGCCAUCAGGGUUCCGUCACUGGGUCUGCCGCAGAACUCCUGGGCUUUCGUGAGGAUCCGGCCACUCUGCAGUGUCUCACAGUUUACAAGCACGUCCUCAUCUCAAGUGGCUCCCUGGAGGCCCAAGUACAGUCCUGAGAGUGAUGCCAACGGCUCAGCUCUGGACCGCUAG